AAAGGAAUUUCUCUCUCCUCUCUCUAUAUAAACCACACCGCUUGAUUAAAAUCGCCCAUCAAUUUCUACCAAGACCGCGAAAGUUCUAGGGUUUCUUUUUCAUCGUUUUUCUCUGAAGAUCUCUUGCGUCACCGGAAUUCUGCCGAUUUUAUGCUAAAAAGCUGAUUGAAUUUAUAAGAUAAACCUGUUUAUUUGUGAAUUCAAUACAAUCGAACAAUUUGUUUUGUGAAUAUGGGGGAAUCGAAGAAAUCUAAAAGGAUUACUUGGGCAUCAGAAGUUAAUCUUUGUCAGGUGAGGCUGUUUUCAUCUGCAAAACCACCUUCAGAAGUAGGAAUGUGCAAUAUGGCUAGUGAGAGUUUGCCACCUGGCUUUGAAUAUAUGAAGCCAAAAAUUCUCAAGUUUUAUCAAAAAUCCUUCACCAAAUGGAAAUGCCCUCCUAGAUUUGAAGUUAAUAGGGAGUGGAAAGUGGUCUCUGGGGAAGAGAGCACAGAGGUCGAGUUUCAGAACCAACGCGAGAGGAGAGUGCUCGAAGCAACGUAUCCUCGCCCAUCAGCCAUUCCUCCCAAUCCUCGUCUGCCAGUGAAUGCGCCCGGAUCAAUUGUUGAUGAUCGCAGCACUCCCUUGAUUCGUAUGACACCUAUUGAAGAGGAUGAUGCUGAGCUUGCACCAUCCGUCUCCCACGCAGCAGAUAGUGGCCCGAUGAUCCCACAGCAGGGAAACUCAAUGCAGCCCAAUAUUGCUCAAGCUGCAUUGGCAGCUCUCAGUUCAAACAAAGAUCAAAUGAACCUAAUUGAUUGCGAAUUGCUCGUGAGAAUCCUCAGCAACCCGAAAUCGCUUCAGCAAUUGCUCGCCAUCAGCUUUGGCACGCAGCACGUUCCAAAUAUGAAGCCACCACAUUCAUCAGACUCGACUAUUUCCACUAAUGAAGGAGCAUCCGUGCCCGAGCUCAAUGUACCUUAUGAAACGACUAGAGCAGCUCCACCGCAUCUUAGAACUGGCUUCGUCUCUACAGCUUGUACCCCACCGGUGGCUGAUAUGAGUUCAGCGCACUGUAAUGGCGUGGCGAAGGACAUGAGCUAUUAUAAGAGCCUCAUCCAGCAGCACGGAGGCAGCGGAGGAGGUGUCCCGACACAAUCUUGUGGUAUUAUGUCCAAACGGGCGCAAGAAUUCACGAAAUCCAGAGAUGUGUUGAAAUCAAGAACAGUAAAACCAUGCAUGUUUUUUAAUACACCAAAGGGUUGCAGGAACGGGGAUAGUUGUACCUAUUCGCACGAUGUCAAUGUGUUGUCGUCUCGGAAAAGGAUGGGUUGUGUUACGGAGGUUGGUGCAAAAAGAGUGAAACUGGGUAGCUAGAUUGGAACCUCAUUUUCCCCCUUUGUUUCGCGAUGAGAUUUAAUGAGAAAUAUUAUGCUGCAUACCUUAUGUAAGCAUGAUCCGUUUUCACUA